AAAUCUUUUUCCGUUUUCCCUUUUUCUUUUCUAUCCUACGUCUCUCCAUUCUUCUUCUCUCUCUCCCUCGGUUCUCUCUCAAAAAGAUCAGGAUACUAUCUCUGCCUCUUUCCUUUUUACUCUCGCCGUCAUAAGAUCCGGCGUCUCUUCGCCGUCGACCACCACCACGACCAACCUCAUCUCUCUAUCCAAUUUCUCUCUCUCACAACCCCCGUCCCUUGCACUCUCUCACUUCUCGGCCAUCAGUCGAGAAAUCGCCGUCACUGCCGCUGCCCGCCCCUCCGGUCGCGCGUGGCCACGCUCCGCCUCCUUCGGCCUCGGCGACUCCAUCCGCCGAUUCCGCAGUAGCAGCAGUUUCCAACGCCCAAUUUUUGGUAUUGCAGGGUCUACUUAAGUAUGAUACUAAACUAGAAGAACCAGUGGCUUUGUACUGACUGCUAAGCACAUCUGACAUUAAGCAAUGUUACAAUGGAUGGGUGGAUCAAGACGGAAAGUGACAACAUCAAGAAAGUCAACUCAUAAAAGGCAGAAGCAAUAUUUUGAGCAAAGGAAACGGCAGCAGCAACAGACAGCUGGUUUAGAGAGCUACUCUGAUGGAAAACGCUCAUGCACUCUACAAUCUGACUAUAGUAGAUCGCUUGAUAUUCUUAGUCUUGAAAAUGUAUCAGCUGUAGCUCAGGGAUACAACACCAGUACUACAAUUGCAAGUGAUAACUUGGAGAAUGAUGAUUUCACUUUGAACGAUCAAGAUGCAUUCCCUUCUCAAGUUAUUCUCACCAGUGACUGCAUUUCUGUGGAUCAAUCUGAGAUAAAUGAGCGGUCUCCACCAAGCUAUGUCACAGAGGCUGAAUAUCCAAAGAAGGUUUCAGUCCAUUUACAGAAUAAUGAUGAAAAUUUAGUUGGGAACUUCAGUGAGCUGGAUUCUUUCAAGUUGUCCGUGUCACACCAGAUAUCUGUCAUUGAUUUACUUGGUGAUGGCACAAAUACUAAUGCAGAGGAAAAUUCAUUACGUGAGCAAGAAGCCCAUGUUGCAUUCUCAGUGGAAGGUCUUGGACAAGUGGAAACAGAAACUCCAGUUCACUCACCAAAGAUACCAGGAAGAUCCUUUCUGAACUGUUACUCUCCACCAAAAAAAGCAUCUAGAGUACCUAUUACAUCCAAACACUUGAAUUAUGGCUUUCAUGACCUAGGGUCUAGACCGGAUAUUGCUUUUUCACCAUGUGACAGUACCAUAGAUCAGCCUUUCUGCACCAGGGAUUUGAUGAAUGCUGCUGGUGAUCUAAAGCAGAACUUCUUAAAUUUCAGAAGGCCCUCUAUGUACGAUUGGAACUGUUCUAAUGUGCAACGAGAUUUGGGGAAUGACGAACUCCUCUAUAACAACCGAGGCAGCAGAAGAAGAAUUUGGGACGAUGAUGGCUUUGAUGACCUGGGACUGGGAGAGCACGAAUCAUUUUGCACAAACUUUGAUGAAAGAGAUGUUGGCUUUGAUGAUUAUUUUCAUCCCAAAAACCUCUGGAAGCAGGACUUGGGUGUUGAAGGCUGGGAUCUUUAUAAGAAAAGGUCCAGCAUAAAACGGCUUGAAACAUUCAAUGUGAAAGAGUCACCUGGUCCCUAUGCGAAGCAUAUUAUUAUGGAGGAUGUUCAUGGUACCAGAAUCUCAGAUAAUAGGUGGCAUUCUGGUAUUGAAAUCAAUAAUGAUGUUAAAGAUAACAACUCUGUGUCAGAAGACUCGAGAGAGAGGAGUCUGCUCAGGUUCAAGAUAUGCCUUUUGGCUUGUACCCACUGUCUUUCAUUUUACUCUGAAAUGAUUAGGAUUCUCUUAACUUAUUCUGAAAUCAUGACAGCGAAGAAUCAUGCUCUUCCACUGCAGUGAGGGAUGCUUCAACCAAGAAAUCGUAACAGCUGGAGCUUGACAAAAAACCAUAGUAAUAAUGGAUCUUGCUUUCCAUCUCUUGCUCAUCCCUUUUGGAUUGGUUAAGUGGUGGUGUUUCGUCUGCAUUGAUGCUGGCAUUCUUUUCAGGUUCAAGCACAUUUGACUCAACUUCCAUGCUAAACUGGAUGUCUAGGACUGUCUCCUGCAGCUACAAAACAUGUGGUUUCUCGUCAUCUUCAAACCUGGUACGUUACAGAAAGGGAAGCAUCCAUCUUCAUAUGUCUAUUAUGAAGCCUCGGCUUCUUGUAUAGGAAGAAAUGAAGAAAUGUCAGAUAUAUGCUGGGAAACAAAAGAAGUAAAUGCUGUUAAAUGUGCUGUUAAAUCAGAACGAUGACUUUUAAGUUUGGGGAGCUAUGAGCUGAUAAUUAGGAUUGAACAAACUGAUAUUCGACAAUGAACUGUAUUUUAAUUAAUAUCAAGGGCUAUCAAGUAUCAAGUGCCAAGUGCUGUAAAGAAUAAAAUUGGAGUUGCAGAUACAAUACAAUCAGCCUUCAAAGUUUUUAAA